UUUAUCUAAUUAAAGUGUGUAAAAUUUGACCUUGACAUUGUAUGUAGAUAAUUAUAUCUCAAAUACGUACAUUGAAACUUAGUACAUUACCCUCCAGUAUCCCAAGAUAAUUCAGUAUGUGUAACAAAUGGUAUUGAACGAUACAGAGUUUAAAAAAAUCACGUUAACAAAAGACAAUAAAGAAUAAACAUUCAUUUAGGAUAUAUUUGUGAGAAUAGAAGAAGAAAGCAGUUAUUGCAUGAUACCUUUUGAUAUUGUGCAUUUUAAGAUACUUUGACAACUAAAAACUGAGAAAGGAAGUGACAAAAAACUGUCUUGAACUUGGCACUGGUUCAAACGUAAUCAUGGGAAAAUUUGGGAUGUCUUUGUGACUUUCAAGAGGUACAAUCAAGACAAUAGGAAAUUAGCUUAGCCUAAUUACAAGUGGAUGGGAGUUUUGGAUGACAUGUCUAGCACUGAUGGUGUGGUGAAUUCUGGGUACCAGUCAGAAAAUUCAGAACGGGACAAGGAUGAUGAUGGACAUUUUAUCAUGACAAAGUGCUCGACCAAUAACGUGCAGUCACAUGGUGCGGUGAAGUUAGAGAUGGAAUCAAGCCAGGAACAAGAACUCCAACAUGCCAGCAAUUUGACAUUGUCACAUUCUGUGUCAGCGUCUAGUUUCUCAAACAAAUCAACAGCGUCUACCUUGAAAGUUGAGAUAGCUGAUAUAGAUGGUGAAGAGAGUAUUAAUUUAACAACAACAACACUGAGGAAAUGUAAGAGACAAGUGUUGCGACCUUACUGGAGGCUACUCAUGUUU